AGCCAUAGCUCUCUGGCGCAGUUAGCACCUGAAGGUACAGGAGUGAUGGCCACUGGAGGGUCUGCCCAACUAUGCCUAGCACUACUGUUCACCUCUCUGGGUGUCAUGCUAACAGCUACUCAGAAAUCUGUAGUGUCCUUGGACCCACCAUGGAUUAGAAUAUUUACAGGAGAGAAAGUGACCCUUUCAUGCAAUGGGAACAAUUCCCUUCAAAUGAACUCUACUAAAUGGAUCCACAAUGGUAUCAUCUCUAAGGUGACAUCUACACAUUUGGUCAUUGUGAGUGCCACCAUUCAAGACAGUGGAAAAUACAUAUGUCAGAACCAAGGAUUUUAUAAGAGUAAACCGGUGUACUUGAAUGUGAUACAAGAGUGGCUACUCCUUCAGACAUCUGCUGACGUGGUCUUAGCCAAUGGAUCCUUUGACAUCAGAUGCCAUGGCUGGAAGAAUUGGAAUGUCCGAAAGGUGAUCUAUUACAAGAACAACCAUGCUUUCAAGUACUCUUAUCAGAGCCCCAACAUCUCCAUUAGAAAUGCCACACUUAAUGACAGUGGCACCUACCACUGCACGGGCCAUCUUAAGCAGGUGGAAUAUGAAUCUGACAAAUUCAGAAUUGCUGUAGUAAAAGCUUACAAAAGCAAGUAUUGUUGGCUACAACUAAUUUUCCCAUUGUUGGUGGUGAUUCUGUUUGCUGUGGACACGGGGUUAUUGUUCUCAACACAAGAACAGUUCAUAUCAGUCCUGAAGAUUCAGAAGACUGGAAAAGGCAACAAAGUUGAAACCUAACUCCUAACCUAGGUACAUAAAAAAACUUAUGUGAUUUCUGAAGAGACAAUUCUUAACAGUAAUUUUCCACAGUAUCCUCAAUAGCUUUUCAACUGUCAAAGGGUACUCAUGUUAUCCAUAGAAAAGUCUGUUCCACAGGAAUUUCACAAAUGCUUCAUUAAACAACUGCAGCUGGUAACGCAACAUGCAAUAAAUAGCAAAUACUCAAUGAA